AUGAGAUUGAAUUAAAAAAAAACACGGGAGGACGACAAAACAAGAUCGCCAACAAAUACACGUGCCAAUCCCAAGACACUUCGCCAGAAUGCAAGGUGAAAAAAGCCCCAUGAUAAGUCGAUUUACAAGAAAAUCCAACGAAAUGCCAUCCAUUCGUCCCCCCACAACGCCAGCCCCAUGCCCAUGCAACCCCCAUGCAACGCCAAACGACUAUUAUGGUAUCCGUCCAAGACUUCCCAUCGUCCUCCAGAUCUGGAGACAAGCGCAUGCAAUCCCGUUGCGCUCUUUUUUGUAUCCAGCAUGUUAUUUACUCUCGCACAUUCUGCCCCAUCGAUGCUAUGGGCGGUAACUUAUUUAUACCGAGAUCUCUUUGUUAUGAGCGUGGCCCGGGUGGUGAUGCCCCAGCAUGAGGUUGUGGCGGGACAGGCCGCCGCGGCUGCACUCGUGCACCAUGUAGAAGAGCGUCAGCAGGACCAACAGCGCGAGGGUGGCGCCCGUGAUGCCGUACACGCCUUGCAGGUCAGCCUUUGUCAGCGGCGUCACGUCCUCCGGCGCGGGCUGCCCGGGCACGCCGUUGAGCACCUGCCGCGGUUCAAUGUUGAAGAAGCCUGUUAGUGGCCGCAUCUCUUUCCCGCCUGAUGCGCUGCGGGAUUUGCAGUGAACGAACGAGUGUGGCGAGCGAGCGAGCGGCGAGGCUUUGCUUUGGGUCGGGAGGAGGUGAACUUGUCCCCCUGAUGGUUUGACUUUGGGGAGGGCAGAGAAUAAGAUCAAUGCGAACGGAACUAAGGAAGGGGGUGGAUCUGCACAGGGUAAGUACAGCUGGGUUAUAUAAGGUACAUUGGAUGGGGCCGUCAGAAGCUGGCCUUCCGAUGUCCGAGCUUCCGUCGGCGGACCGAUUGAGCAGGCGGUUUCAAGAGCUUGGCUGGGAACCGGCCCGCGUAAUUUUAAUACUGCCGACAGAGGCGGAAGUGGGCUGAUGUCCGCUUGGUGUUGGCGCCGGGUGCCGUUUGAUGCGACGCUUCGGAGACGCGGUG